AUGCGUGUGUCUACUCAAAUCAGCGAGAGCAUUCAGAGGUCGCGAGACCAUGAGAUGAGAUUGAUGGCGCUUCAACGGCAAGCACAAGAGAUCCAGCGAGAGCUUCAGCGCCUUCAGCAAAAGAAGGACAAGCUUCAGUCCGACGAAGAAGGCUACAACUCUGAAGAGGAAGAAGAAGAUGAGCUUGCACACCUCAGUGAGAAGCUGUCGAAGGCCAAUCUCCCGGAAGAUGCCAGCCGCAUUGCAAAGAAAGAGCUAAAGCGGCUGAAGAGCUUGCAAGCACAUCAUCCAGAGUACACCUCCACUCACAGCUAUCUUGAGCUUCUUGCCAGUUUGCCUUGGAAGAACCAGACGAAGGAGUCCUUCGACCUGCAAGAGGCUCGACGCAUGCUGGAUGAAGAUCAUCGGGGUCUGGAGAAAGUCAAAGUGCGGAUCCUGGAGUUCUUGGCAGUGCAGAAGCUGCGAGGCGGCCUGGGCCCUUUUCUCCUCGAAGAUGUUCGAAGCCAUGUGAACGGGAGUUUAGACUCAGAUGCCAUGGCCCGAAAGCGCAUGCGCAGCAAGCAGACCAGCGAGGCUUUCUUGUGCCAGACUGGUGAGAUGCGCCGAAACCCCGAAACCGCUGUUCUGAAGCAGCAGGAUGUGGAUGCAGUCGUGAAGGAAUUGGAAGCUGCAGGCUUCGGGAGGGAGAGGCCAGUGAUGGACAUGGGCUGUGCCUACCAUGACUUCUCCAAGGGCCUCCUGCGCGUGGAUCUGGACCUUCAAAGCUUCCCUGCAGUGUUAGCACUGAUUGAGGGAUCCAUGGAGAGCAUGAGCUGUCGCCAUCGUGGUGUGCGAGGCCUUAAUGUCAUAGCUCGGCACUAUGAGGGACCUUCUGAAGAGGAUCGCCUCUCUUUCCAUGCAGACAACUUCAUUGUUGGAGAAUGGGUGUUUGGAUGCAUCCUCAGACAGGAGGGAGACAACCCACUCCUAGCGCUUCAUUUUCGUGAGCGUGACGGACCAGGCUAUGUUUGCAUGAAGGAGAAGCCUGGACAUUUGUAUUUGCAGACUGGAGAGGCUCGCCACCAUUGGACCCACGGCAUACCUGCGGGUGGAGGAGGAGCCGAGUCACUGACAUGGCGAUGGCUUCGGCCAAGCUUCUUGAGGUGGUGUGAGCUUGAGCACAGCCUGAAUCGAAGAGAGCAAGUAUGCUGGCUCCAGCGCUUCAUUUGUGUGGGCCAUUCGGCGGGAAUCGAUCAGGAGGUGCUCGAGCAGUUUCUGACCCGAUGGAUGCCAGUGUGUUCUGUAUUGAGAGGUGACCCGCUGCCCGUUCCCAAGACCACUAAAACCAAGGUUCGCCUGCCAGAGCUGCUGAUGCAGCGCCUGGAAAGGAGCUUUUCCGAGAGUGCCUCCAGUCUACGGGCAACAAAGGCUUUGCUGGACAUGCUGGAUGAGGCCUUCCAUCGAACUGCACCUGGGGGCUGCGGCACCUGGCUGUCGGACGGUGGUGGGGCCAGCCUCAGCCAUGUAGUGAUCCUUAUCCUGAAGGAGCAGCCUGGCCACAAUGCCCUUGGCUGCCACAUACUGGAUCCAUCCUUAAGCUGUGUCACCGAGGUCCUCCUGGCAUUGGCAGCUCGGUACUGGUAUUGCGAUUUGAUGGGCCGGAAGUUCCAUCGCAUUGCAUUGGGAGGUGUGCGAGAUGAAGCGGAGUUGCGGGGUCACCGACGAGCUUACAUCGGAAGCAUCCCUGGUGUCAUUAUCCAGGCCUUCCAGACUUUAGGUGUGAACAACCCUGUCAUCCUCUUGGAUGAGGUUGACAAAACCUCGCAGAAUUCGAUGUUCAAUCCACAGGCAACACUUUUGGAGAUAUUGGAUCCUGAGCAAAAUACCACCUUCAAGGACCACUAUUUGAACACGCCCUUUGACCUGUCCAACGCCAUCUUCAUUUGCACUGCAAAUGACACCUCCACCAUCGAUCGGCCUUUGCUGGAUCGCAUGGAGGUGAUUGAUUUGUCGGGCUACACGGUGGAGGAAAAGGUGGCCAUCAGUAGAAGCCAUUUGCUUCCCAAGCAACGGCAGCUCCAUGCUUUGGAGAAGGAGGGCGACGCAGCUCCGAUCCUGGACGUGAGCGAGGAGGCCUUGGAAGCCUUGGUCACCCGCUGGACGGCCGAGAGUGGCGUGAGAUCCCUGGAGCGCCACUUGGCACAGAUUUGUCGCUGGGCGGCUUUGCGUUUGCAGGGCGUCGAUGUGCCAACUGGUUUGGGACGAGAAGCGGCCAGAGAGGCAGCUUUGGCAAGCAGUGGCCCUGAUGAAGAUGGUCACAUCAAGGUUAAUGCAGAGCAUUUGCCUCACAUCCUGGGAGUUGAGCUCUUCGAGCCCAACCUGGCUGAACGGCUAGAUAUUGGCGUGUCGAUGGGGCUCAGCGUCUCCUCUGUGGGUGGACAGUUGCUCUUCAUUGAGACGACCAAGACUGUGGGCAGCGGCAAGUUGACCGUAACAGGUCAAUUGGGCAAGGUCAUGAUGGAAAGCGUCCAGACUGCUUUGUCUUUGCUGCGCAGCCGCUUCAAUGGUCUUAGUCAAAGCCGAAGAGCACCACGUGUGUUCAACUUCGAGACACAGAGGAUGGAGCUGGCACCAGAAGCUGUUGAUGAGAAGGAUCCCUUCCAUGGCGAGGACAUUCAUGUCCACUUCCCAGCUGGUGGCAUCCCAAAGGAUGGUCCUUCAGCAGGGGUAGCAGUCCUGUUGGCGCUGGCUUCACUGGUCUUAAACAGGCCAGUGCGUAGUGAUACAGCGGUGACUGGGGAGGUCACGCUGCGAGGUCAUGUCCUGCCGGUGGGUGGCAUUCGAGACAAGGUUCUUGCUGCAAUCCGUGCGGGAGUGAAGCACGUGCUGCUUCCAAUGGCCAACGAGCGCCAUGUGGUGGAGGACAUUCCUGCAAAGUCAUUGGAGGGAGUUGAGAUUCAUUAUUUGAAGACCGUGGACGAAGCUUUAGAUUGGGUCUUCGGCUCUUCUUUGCAUGCAAAUGAAGGAGGCGUAAGUGCCAGCCAAACGACUGAAGGCAGCGUGGCGCCUUUCAGUAUGAGGUCGAGACUCUGA